ACGUCACUCUCUGUCAGCACGCUGGGUUUGACUAAUCCUCCAUCUUGGCUGUGGCUAGCGGAGCGGCUAGCAGAGAUUCUGUCCGGAAAGGAUGAUGAAAAGCUGAACGGUCCUGAGCUGAACAAGUACCGGCAGGCAGACCCUACCUGAGCCGGAGAACGGCUGGCAGACCUGGACCCGCUCCGUUCCCGGAAACACACACAGCCGGUCCCGCCGGGCUGCUGCGGGCUAGCCGGCUAACUUAGCCAGAUAGGAGGAACUGUUGCUUCGGUUCACUUUGGAUCUAUGUUGGUUCUAAACUGCCGGAAAAGAGGCCCAGCCAAGCCGAGCCGUGACAGAUAACACUGAGAUCCAGUAGUCCGGACCGGGACCAGUGAUGCCGGGUCACAACCUGCCGAGAUAAACACGAGCUGAAGUUAAAGCAGCCCGCUAAGUUCAGGCAGGUGUUCCGAGACAGACAGGCGGCUUGAUGACCGAACCGCCCUCACACUGACCCGGGUAUCAUGUCCACCAGGACCCCGCUACCCACCGUCAGCGAGCGGGACGCAGAGAACCAUACCUCAGUGGAUGAUGGGCGUGGUCAGGUUCCGCCCCGCUCCGCUCGGGCUGCUCGCUGUAAAACAUCUUUGUCCACAGCGGACGAGACACCGCACGUUGGGAACUACCGGCUGCUGAAGACCAUCGGGAAGGGAAACUUCGCCAAAGUCAAACUGGCUCGACACGUGCUCACAGGACGAGAGGUGGCGAUCAAAAUCAUUGAUAAGACCCAGCUGAACCCCACCAGCCUCCAGAAGCUCUUCAGAGAAGUCAAAAUAAUGAAGUUCUUAAAUCAUCCAAACAUCGUGAAGCUCUUUGAGGUGAUCGAGACGGAGAAGACUCUGUACCUGAUGAUGGAGUAUGCCAGUGGGGGUGAAGUGUUUGACUACCUCGUAGCUCAUGGGAGGAUGAAGGAGAAGGAAGCCAGAAAUAAAUUUAGACAGAUAGUGUCUGCUGUUCAGUACUGUCAUCAGAAGCACAUCGUUCACAGAGACCUGAAGGCAGAGAACCUCCUGCUGGACGCUGACAUGAAUAUAAAGAUCGCAGACUUUGGCUUCAGUAAUGAGUUCACUGUCGGUGGGAAACUGGACACGUUCUGUGGUUCUCCUCCGUAUGCUGCUCCUGAACUCUUCCAGGGUAAGAAGUAUGAUGGUCCAGAGGUGGAUGUGUGGAGUCUGGGUGUGAUACUUUACACUCUGGUCAGUGGAUCUCUGCCAUUUGAUGGACAGAACCUGAAGGAGCUCAGAGAGCGGGUUCUGCGUGGUAAAUAUCGUAUUCCCUUCUACAUGUCGACUGACUGUGAGAACCUGUUGAAACGUUUCCUGGUGCUGAACCCGGGGAAACGAGGAACUCUGGAGCAAAUCAUGAAGGAUCGAUGGAUCAACAUGGGCUCUGAUGAAGACGCGCUGAAGCCCUUCAUCGAGCCGGAGCUGGACAUCAGAGACCAGAAGAGGAUCGACAUGAUGGUGGGGAUGGGGUACUCCAGAGAGGAGAUCAACGAUUCGCUCACCAAGAUGAAGUAUGAUGACAUCACAGCCACCUACCUGCUGCUGGGACGCAGGGCUGCUGAGGUGGAAGCGAACGACUCAUCAUCCUCCAGCAGCGUCUCUCUGCUCAAACCUCGACCAUCUCCUGCUCUUCUUCUCACCCAGCGCUGCUCCUCCUCCUCCUCCUCCUCCAAACAGAGGAGGUACAGCGACCAAGUGUGUCCACCCUCCUCAGCUGCUCCUCAGUCCAGGAGGAGUCAGACAGCAGCAGAGGGGGAGGAGCAGCAGGAGGCGGCAGGUCAGAACAGGAAGUCCAGUCCUGAGGAGGGAGAAAGUCCUCCAUUGGGGAACGCACACAACCCCAACGUGGCUGACAUACCCGAGCGGAGGAAGACUUUGGCCACGCCCCCUAGCAGCUCGUCCAGCAUGACACGCAGGAACACGUAUGUCUGCACCGACCGGAGCUCCUCAGAUCAGCGUCAGUCUGUGCUGCAGAACGGCAAAGAGAACAGCUCAGCUUCCACCCCCCCUCAGAGGUCAGUGGGCGGAGCUUCCACCCACAGUGUCAGCAGCGCAGCGACUCCGCCCGACCGGCUGCGAUUCCCUCGCGGGACUGCGAGCCGCAGCACCUUCCACGGCGGUCAGCUGAGAGAGAGACGGACCGCCACUUACAACGGCCCCCCCGCCUCCCCCAGCCUGUCACAUGAUGCCACGCCGCUCGCCCAAUCAAGAGCCAGAGGGUCCACCAACCUGUUCUCCAAACUCACCUCCAAACUCACUCGCAGAGGUGUGUCAGAGGUGGAGAGGAAUGGCAGACCGGAGGGCUCCAGUCGUAACGUGUCGUGUGACCAGAAGGAGGAGCCGGGUUCUCCUGCAGCUCCUCUGAAGGAGUCGAAGCCUCGCUCGCUGAGGUUCACCUGGAGCAUGAAGACCACGUCCUCCAUGGACCCUCAGGACAUGAUGAGGGAGAUCAGGAAGGUCCUGGACACUAACAACUGUGACUACGAGCAGCGCGAGCGCUUCCUGCUGCUCUGCGUCCACGGAGACGGACACGCCGACAGCCUCGUCCAAUGGGAGAUGGAGGUGUGCAAACUGCCCCGCCUUUCGCUCAACGGAGUCCGCUUCAAACGGAUCUCAGGAACGUCCAUCGCCUUCAAGAACAUCGCGUCCAAGAUCGCCAACGAACUAAAGCUGUAAAACAACAGGGUUUCCCUCACCUGUCUCCAGCUCAGCAGGGGCCAGCUCCCUAUUUCUCCUCUGGAUGAACUGUGAUGGCUGACUGCAGCAGAGCUUCAUGGGAGUUGGAGUCCUGUGUCAUGGACGACACAGGAAGCGAUCUGCUGUGAUAAAACUUUUAAUGUGAAAGAGCCUCUGCUGUGACGGGUGGAUGACCCCACCCACCAGACUGACAAGAGGCGGAGUCACAGAGACAAUUGACGGACAGUGGGCGGGGCCAUGUCAGUGAGCAGUGUUGUGAAUGUAAAUAUUUGGACAGACUUGCCUGUUUUCAUGUUGGUCUGUUUCCUGUUUUGUACAUGUGAUCAAUCAGCUGAUUGACAGAUCUAUAUGUGCUGAUCAGCUAACUGUUGUUGUUUGUUACCAGAACGUCAGGUUCAGCUGUGUCUCAUUAAACCUUGACCACAGCACAGCUUCUGUGUGGACUGAAAACUGAAA